UACUAUUUUAGUCUAGCAGAUGGAAUACCGAGCUUUUGUAUUCCUGACUAAAAAUUUAACGAUACAGUUAUUUUAAUUAAUAAGCCAUUAAAAUUUGAUUGUUGGUUUGAAUACAUGUAGUUACGCCAGUUUUUUAGCGAAUGGUUUAAAUAAAAUAGUUAAAUAAUGCAUAUUAAAUUCGUAGGGACUUGUUUACUUCUGUUAUUGUCAUCGGUCUCCUCUUCUGAUUCAAAAUUAGUACAUAACAGUGAUUGUGGUGAACAUGGUGACUGCAUUUCUAGCCCUGACGAAUGUAACAAAAAGUGUGGAUGCGACAUAUAUUCAGCUGUGCUAUAUUACAAUGAAACUACAAAAGAAUGUGAUAUAAAUGUAAAAUUACUUUUGGAAACACUAACUGAAAAAUAUAAUACACAAGAAAGCGUCAUUUCGGAGGCAAACAGAGUAUUUAAUCAUGUAAUAUUAUCAGUAAUUAUAUUUGCAGCAUGUGCUGGAAUAUGUGUAUGCUCGGCGUGUUUUUAUUGCUGUCACAUAAAUUAUAUGGAUAAUCGCUUAAAAAAAGAUGUUGAUGCAUUGGCGGCUAAAUUAAAAAGGGAGAACCGCUAUAAAAAAUUGCCACGGAAAUCGCCUCCUCAAUCAGGAGAAAGCUGCAAUAUAAUUGUGGAUAACGCAGGAGUGUAUUGUGUUUAAUAUAUUAAUUUAAUUUCCAUAUAGUUUGAUAAAUAUUUUUGCUUAAUGUGUCAUGUCUUUUAUUAUCGCCUCCGUAAUUUGGAUCUGGUUUUGUUGCGGAGUGACCGAAAGCUGUCAUUGAUAAAUAAAUCAUUCACCUACUUCAUUUCAAUAGACUUGUAUUAACACCAAUGUAGGUAUAAUAAAAAAUUGCCAUUAUGUUACUCUAUUAUGACACCUGUCACCUAAUGACAUUUGACAAUUGAUAUUCAUAUUGAAUACAAUCAUGAAAAUUCAAUCAAUAAUCUCAUAAAACCUGAAAUAUGAAGACUAUGGGUAUUCUCAAUGUUUUGAAUUAGUAAGGAAGUUAAAUAAUUUACAAUGAAAGUGUUUUUAAAUCUUCAAACUUAAAUGCUUUAUAUGUAAGACUUCUUAUGAAAGCCUGAAUUAGAUAUAUAUGUUGGAAGAAUGACUGAUACAAGUGGCAUUGACUACUUGAUAACAACUUUAGGAGCUUUUCUGAUGUUGGCGUUUGUUUGCUGUCUCUGCUGUUUUUGUAUGAAGUUGAGUGACAUGAAAAUGAGGAAUUAUAUAUUGGAAUUAGCAAAGAAAAAGAAUGUCAAUGUUGAUCUAGAAAAACUUAAACCAAGGAAUACUUGCCAGUCGCCGCAUGCAAAUGAAAACUGUACUAUUAUGAUACCAGAUGUUGCUAUAGUGCUCUGAAUGGAUUACUAUGUUUGCUAGAGCCACAGGUAUGUUUGGGUUUCUGGAUCUUAUUUUUGACCCACACAAGUGAGUAAGCAUGUCAUGCCAAUUGUUUUAUUUAACAUAAAUGAUUAUGUAUAUUAAAAGGUUUUCUACUGUCUUAUAUUUCGAAAUGUGUAUUGUAUAUCUUAAAUACUGUACCUUACGAUAUGUCCAAAGAAAGAGCUAUUUUAACAUCACACUAGAGAGAACGUCAAAAAUUCUAAAAUAGAAAUAAGUAAUUGUAACUUUUCUAUACUCUAUACUCUGUGUGUAUAAUUACUUUUGAGUAAUUUUGUAAUUGUCAUUCUAAAAUAUGAACUGAAAACCUACUUUUUCUAUUUCAUUUGUAGUAUAUUAAAGUAUGUGAUUGUGAUAAAAUAAAUAUUGAUUGUAAUAUUUCUAAGAAAUUUUAUUUGUGUAUUGAUUGGAUAGUUUGGAUAGCUGUAUUGUUUCAUUUACAAGAAGUAAAAUUUGCGGCCUAUAACGAAAUAAGUAUUGUCUUUUAAAAUCUUCAAUCCUUUAAGUAAGACUUGCUAAGUAGUUAUUGGUGAUAGAUUCCAAAAAUGUAGGUUUUUUGUAGAAACUAUACUAAAACAAACUUACUGAAUCCUUUCUUACAUUAUAAUUCCAUAUUGAGUUGGAUUUAUUGUUAUUUUAUAUUGUAUAAUAUUUAAACUUAUAUAGGAAUUUCAAUGUAAAACUGUCUUAGGCACAAAAUAUAAAGUAAGUGGUAUAGUAUAAGAAUCCACCUGUCAUAUAUUCUUCUAUCCUAUUAUCGGAAAUUACAAUAACUUUUGGUUCAAGAUUUAGAGUUUAUUAAUUAACAAUGUUUAUAAGUUUAAUAUUGUAAAAAGUGAACAUAAAUACAGAAAUGUGCAAUUUCUUAUAUCCAGCGUUUUGGUAGUUUUAUCUAAAUAUUAAAGAUACAUACUGUUGAGUCCAGUAAUAACAACUAAUGAAAGUUUAGUAUUUGCAUAAUAAAUUAUAUUAUACAUUAAGAUGCUAGUCAUGUCUUGUCCAAAUAAUCAUUAUUUAUAAAAUGAUGUCAACGAGUAUUAUGCUUAAGAGUAUUGUCAAUAUUCUUAGAGAAUUAAAGUUUUAGAAACUUCUCACAAUUCGUAGUUCCUUAAAAUUAUCGUUAUUAAGCAAGUAGGUGUAGUUAAAAUUAUAGUGCAUUUAUCCCAUGAAAACUUAUAAAACCUUAUAUUAGGCAAAAAUUAGUUAAAUAUUAACAGCUUAUUCAAUUAAUUUAUGUUUAUAAUAUUUAUAUAUCAAUCGUUUGAUAAAAAUUUUAGUAACUCUAAUCAAAUUGUGUUGUAUUGAAGCAUUUGCUUCUUAAUUUAUUUUAAAAUAAACAUUUGUAGACUUAGUACAAAGAUAGUUUUAUCAUAACAAUAGAACAUUUAAUUUGUCUUGGUCAAUAAAUUGAUGUAGUUGUAUUAAGCAUUUUCACCUCAUGUCAGCCAACCCAUCGAUAAAUUUUUGUAAUUAACUCUAGAAAGUUCACAAGCACCUAAAUAAUAAGUAUACAUUCUAUAUUCAUAUUGAUAUUAUAUUAAUUUCUUAAUACAUGUAUGUUUUCUUGUAUAUUAUUGCAUGGUCUAGAGGAUACUUUUGACUAUAUCAUUGCAAUAAAAAGUACAGGAAUAAAAAUUUUAAACUGCCCAAAGAUAUGCCAUUGUUACUUUAUAAAACUAGCUCAAGCCAUAUUCGUAAACAGUGUUACCACUAUCCUAUUUUUCAUGCCAUUAAUUUUACUUCAUCAUUAUUUUAUCUGACUUCAAAUAGACGAGUGGGUAGGUAGCGCUUAAAGUAAAUAUUAUACUAAUUUGUUUUUUGCUUUUGUGUGGUUUUAAAAUUGGUUCAAUUUUUUUAUAAUUUAUCAGUGUGUGUGUAUCAUUUACACUAUUGUUCGAUAGAUCUUAUGAUGCAAUAUGUGUAAACCUUUGCAACGAUAUUAUUUUUAUAUAUUGCUCGCGGUGUUUUGUUGAUAUAUUGUGUCAAUUCUAGACCAUGUAUUUACUAUGGGGAGAGUAUUUAUAAAUUAUGACGUCAUUGAUAAAUGUGUGUAUGCUGUGCCUUAGUGUGGCCACGAAUGAAAUUUUUACGAUAUAUCUAAUAUUAUCUUAAUAAGAUUUCUAUUUUUCCCCUGUAUUCAAUUUGGUACCUAUGUAAUGUACGGUAAUGAUACAUUUGCCAAAGUAUUGUAAACGAUAUGCAUUUACGGUGUAUAUUACUAGUCAUAGUAUUCGUAUGCAAUUUAUAAAAAACUUUUUAAAUAAUAUAUAUAUAGGCAUAAUAAAAUAUGGUCACAUUAUUUAAAAAUAUUUGUGAAAUUGAAUCGUAUAUUAAAUUGAAAGUUUUGCAUUUCUAAAUUUGAAAUAUAAUUUAAACACAAGAUUCAAUCAAAAUAAACUUUAGUUUUUAAAAGCACAUAAAUUAGGCCGCGAGUAGACAACUUCCUCAAUCGAAGUCAAUAUUAUUAUAAGUCAUUUUAACAUAUUCUAACGCAAGUCUAUCCUAACUUUUUCUGUAUACAGUUUUAAAGAAUUUUAUGAGUUUGAAAGGAAUCGAGAUCUGAACUUUUAAUACUAGUGUUUUUAUUUAUUUCAAGGUUCAACUAAUGGGUGUUCUGUCUCUUUCCUUCUUAAAUGGUUGAUGCAAGCGCGAGUGUGACAGAGCAGCUUUUAGUUGGAUAAUUCUGAUGAAGUUUUUGAAUUUUGAGUAAGGCAAUUACUAGGAUUAAGUAGUAAAAUGUGUACGUGUUCAGCAUAUUUUUAAAUAAACGCCUUUAUAAAA